AUGUCUCGACUGGAUAUUCUCGCUGCGCAAAGCCCAGUUGACUUCGACUUUGACGUUGUCUCGUGUUCCCCCUCUUCCGGCUUCGCGCGCUCAUAUUCAGAGAAACUUCUUGCCAAUGCAAUUGUAAACGGACUGCUAUCCUCUGUCCAAGCCCACGACAAUGCUGUCAUUUCUCGGCAGCGGGAAAGCGACGGCCCUGCCGACGAUGAUGUAACCGUGCCCGGCCUGCCGCCGCUGCUGCGUGGCCACCCCGACAUACACCUCAGAAAUGGUGUCAUGCACGCGUCGCACCUCGCUGCUUCUGGCGAGUCGGACGCGGAAAAGGCUUUUUUCGUAGCCGAUCUCAGCUACGUCUUUAGACAGCAUGAGCGCUGGGAUAAAAAUCUCCCUGAGAUCGAGCCUUUCUAUGCCAUCAAGUGCAACCCGGACCCUUACGUACUGCGUUUGCUCGCAGCGGUUGGAGCGGGCUUCGACUGCGCUUCCAUCGGCGAGAUCUCGCGGGUAUUGGAACUCGGUGUGGAUUCCUCGCGCAUCAUUUUCGCCAACCCGUGCAAGGCCACGUCGUUCAUCCGAAACUCGGCGAAAGCGGGUGUAGACAUGAUGACGUUCGACAACACGGAUGAGCUGUACAAGAUCGCCCGCGUCCACCCCGGCGCGAAACUCGUCGUGCGCAUCUUGACCGACGACUCCAAGAGCCUGUGCCGCCUCGGGCUCAAGUUCGGUGCCCCACUGGUGACCGUGCCCGGGCUACUCACGAAGGCUCGCGAGCUGAAGCUCGACGUCAUUGGGGUCAGCUUCCACGUGGGGAGUGGCUGUUUUGAUUCGUUGGCGUAUGCGGACGCUGUAGAGCGCGCGCGCUCCGUGUUCGAGAUGGGCAGGGAAGCCGGGUAUGCGUUUUCCCUUCUGGAUGUGGGCGGCGGCUUCGAGGACGUGACUUUCGAGGCUACCGCUUCCAUUCUCAUGGACGCGAUCAACCGCUACUUCCCGGACAGGCGGGGCAUCCGAAUCAUCGCGGAGCCUGGGAGAUACUAUGUCUCGAGGGCGUUUAGUCUCGCUGCGAACGUGAUUGCGCGGCGGGCGCCCCCCGCACUUGACGCAAGUCCUCAAGAUCUCGAUGUGGAUCCCGAGCAGCCCAGUGUGAUGUACUACAUCAACGACGGCGUGUAUGGUUCGUUCAAUUGCAUUCUAUUCGAUCACCAGGUCCCGCAGCCAUACGUGCUGUCGCUAAACGGAUCCUUCCACGUCCCGGCCUCAGUUCCGCUGCGCCCUUGCAGCGUGUGGGGCCCUACGUGUGACUCGAUCGACUGCGUGUGCCCCGUUACGCAGCUCCCGGACGCGCUGCAGGUGGGCGACUGGCUGGCGUUUGAGAACAUGGGCGCGUACACGGUAUGUGCCGCCAGCCAGUUCAACGGGUUCGAGGUCAGCAAUGUCAUAUACACUACCGGCGGCGGGGCGGGUGCCGCCGAGGUGCGCAGGAUCCUGAAAAAGGCGUUGGAGGAUUGUUAG